UGCCAACUCACACACAUACACACACAAACACACAAACUCUCUCUCCCUCUCUCUCUCUCUCUCUCUCUGUGUCUCUCGCAGCCCGACCCUCUCUCUCCGUCCGUCUCUCAAAGUCUCUCUCAAACGCAGACCCACCGCCGUCUCCCUCUCUCUCUCUUUUCUUUAUCUUUCUAUAACAUAUAUAUAAAUAUAUGAGAUAUAUAUAAUAUAUGAAUAUAUAGAGAUAGAUAUAUAUAUAUAGAUAUCGUUGAUGCGCCUACUCUUCCCCCCAAACCCAAUCAAAACCUCUCCAACAACUUUCUUCAACCUCCAAUUUCCGUCUCGCGCUCUCUCUCUCCUCCGAUCCUUCUCGGUUCGGAGAUUGCCGCCGGAGUCGUCAAUGGCGAUACCUCCUUCAAAGUCCGCCAAGCCCUCCGUCGACAUCGAGGUCGGACUCGCCCGCCGCUUUUGGAUCAAGUUCAAUAGGGAAUCGGUUUUCGCUAUGUACUCCCCUUUUUGCGUCUGUUUGGCCUCCGGCAACCUUAACAUUAAAACUUUCCGCCAUUACAUCGCCCAGGAUUUUCAUUUUCUCAAGGCCUUCGCUCAAGCGUAUGAAUUGGCAGAAGGUUGUGCAGAUGAUGAUGAUGCUAAAAUUACAAUUACAAAGUUGAGGCGUGAUGUUUUAUCGGAGUUGAAAAUGCACGAUUCUGUUGUGCAGGAUUGGGGUUUAGAUCUUGCUAAAGAGUGCUCUAUUAACUCUGCAACAGUGAAGUAUACCAAUUUCUUAUUGGCAACAGCUUCUGGGAAAGUUGAAGGAGUAAAAGCUCCUGGUAAGCUUGCAACUCCUUUUGAGAAAACCAAAGUUGCUGCUUACACCCUUGGUGCCAUGACUCCAUGCAUGAGGCUGUAUUCCUUUCUGGGUAAGGAGUUUAAGGCACUUCUAGAUCCCAAUGAUGUCUGUCACCCGUACAGAAAGUGGAUUGAUAAUUAUUCAUCUGAAAGUUUUGAGGAAUCAGCCAUGCAAACUGAAGAGUUGCUCGAUAAACUAAGUGUCUCUUUGACAGGCGAAGAGCUUGACAUCAUUGAAAAGCUUUAUCACCAAGCCAUGAAACUUGAAUUAGAUUUCUUCCUUGCUCAGCCACUUAUUCAACCAACUGUAAUUCCUCUGAUCAAAGAGCAUAAUCCUGCAGAAGAUCAGCUUAUGAUAUUUUCUGAUUUUGAUUUGACUUGCACUACUGUUGACUCAUCUGCCAUAUUGGCUGAAAUUGCAAUAGUGACGGCACCAAAAUCUGAUCAGAGUCAACCUGAAAAUCAGAUUGCUCGGAUGUCAUCAGCUGACCUGAGGAAUACAUGGGACCUCCUUUCCAGCCAGUAUACGGAAGAGUAUGAACAAUGCAUAGAAAGCAUUUUGCCAGCUGAACAAGUGGAGUUCAACUAUGAGAAUCUGCAUAAAGCACUAGAGAAACUUUCGGAGUUUGAGAAAAGGGCCAAUGAUAGAGUUAUAGAGUCUGGGGUGCUCAAAGGUCUAAAUCUUGAAGAUAUAAAAAAAGCUGGUGAACAUCUCAUUCUUCACACUGGUUGUGCCAGUUUCUUUCAGAAUGUUGUCAAGAAUGAAAAUUUGAAUACAAAUGUCCAUAUUCUUUCAUACUGUUGGUGCGGUGAUCUCAUCAGAUCAGCUUUUUCAUCAGGGGGUUUGAAAGAGCUGAAUGUACAUGCAAAUGAGUUCACUUUCAGAGAAUCCAUUUCCACAGGUGAAAUUGUUAAGAAAGUGGAGUCUCCCAUUGACAAGGUUAAAGCUUUCAGUGAUAUUUUAACGAAUUCCAGAAACAAGAAAAAGAACUUGACUGUUUACAUUGGAGACUCAGUGGGUGAUUUGCUUUGUCUGCUUGGGGCAGAUAUAGGAAUUGUAAUUGGGUCGAGUUCGAGCCUUAGGAGAGUUGGGAAACGGUUUGGUGUGUUGUUUGUUCCACUGUUCCCUGGAUUAGUUAAGAAACAGAAAGAAUACACUGAAGGAAGCUCUUCCAUUUGGAAAGGAUUAACUGGUACUCUUUACACAGUGUCUAGUUGGGCUGAAGUACAUGCUUUCAUUUUGGGGAGCUAGAAUCCUUAAUUCUUUUCUUUUUUGGGAUUUCUAAGCUCUCAACUUUGUGAUUGGACAAGCAAAGGAACCAUAUAGUAUCUGUGGAACAAAAACAACAAAUUAGUGGCUGAUUUUAUCAAGGGCCACAGAUUUGCACUUGUCUUCCCUUUUUUUUUUUUUUUUUUUUUUUUUUGGGUCACUACAGGGUAAACCCAUUCAAAGAUGUGAUGUUGGUCUAUAGGAAUUGCUGUAUACAUGGUAAUUGCAGGUAUUGAGAGGUUUUUGAGCAAGCACCCAUUUAUAAACAGAGACUUGUUAUACAGGACCGGCCUAACUUUAUUCAUGGCCUUGGGCAAGAAAGAUGGUGCUUUUUAAUUUGUAGUAUUUUUAUAUAAAAAUAAUAGUAAUCAAUUUGUUAUAUUUAAAUUUAUUAUUAUUAUUAUGUUUUCUUUUUGCA